AUGAAGACAGGCUCCCAAAUCCGCCUGUUACUGUGGAAGAACUGGACUCUCCGCAAAAGACAGAAGGUCCGCUUUCUGGUCGAGAUCUGCUGGCCGGUGUUGUUAUUCAUCGGCCUGGUGUGGCUGAGGAAGGCCAAUCCACUGUACCAACAGCAUGAAUGUCACUUCCCCAACAAGGCCAUGCCCUCGGCAGGGAUUCUUCCCUGGAUCCAGGGCAUCUUCUGCAACGCCAACAACCCCUGCUUCAGAUAUCCAACCAGAGGAGAGUCUCCAGGCGUCGUCUCCAACUACAACAACUCAGUAUUGGCACGGUUCUAUGUUGACGCCCAGGAGCUUCUGCUCAAUGAGACCGAAGUCCAGCAGCUCGGCCGUCUCUGGCGCGACGUGUCGUCCUUUUCGAACUUCAUGGACACGUUACGCAACAACCCAUCUGUGCUGUCAGGCCGUGGGCUGAAGAUAGAAGACAUUCUGAAGGAUGACGAAGUUCUCACUGCCUUUCUUCUGCGAGACGCCGGCCUCUCGUCCUCUAUAGUCUACCAGCUCAUCAACGCAAAGUUACGACUAGAACAGUUUGCCUUUGGAAUCCCGGACCUGCAGCUGAAAGACAUCGCCUGCAGCCAGGCCCUGCUGGAGCGCUUCAUCAUCUUCCCCAGUCGCAUGGGGCUCACCGGCGUCCGCAAUGCCAUGUGUGCCCUGAGCCAGCAGAGGCUGCAGAGGAUAGAGGACGUCCUCUAUGCCAACCUGGACUUCUUCAAGAUCUUCAAACUGAUGCCUCAGGUUAUGGACAGCUACUCAGAGGGGAUCGACCUGCACUUCUGGGGACGGGUUCUUAAGGCGGUAUCAGAGAAGAUCCAAGCUCUGUUGCAGCGGGAGAGCUCUCAGGAGCUCCUGAAGGCCGUCUCCUCUCUGUUCCAAGCCGGCGGUCCCCCCUCGUUCUCCAAGCUCAUGUCCGGCGUGUCGAGCCUCUUCUGUGGAUACCCGGAGGGGGGCGGCUCCCGGGUCCUGUCCUUCAACUGGUACGAGGACAACAACUACAAGGUGUUCCUGGGGGUCAACGGCACCAAGAGCCGCAACUAUGUUUAUGACGACUCCGCCACCCCCUUCUGCAACGCCCUGAUGCAGACCCUGGAGUCCAACCCUGUUACAAAAAUCGUGUGGAAUUCAGUCAAGCCCCUGCUGAUGGGAAAGAUCCUGUACACCCCCGACUCCCCUGCCGUCCACAAGAUAUUAAAGAGCGCCAACACAACAUUCGAGGAGCUGGAGAGGCUGCAGAACAUGGCUAAGGCCUGGGAGGAGUUGGGACCUCAGCUCUGGGCUUUCUUCCAAAACAGUGUCCAGAUGAACAUGAUCAGGGACACCCUGAGAAACCCAACAGUGAUGGACUUCGUUGACAGCAGUCUGGGAGACGCCAACUUCACCACCAAAGACAUUCUUAACUUCCUGUACAAUGGUGCGGAGGAGCAGAGGGAGCCGGGCAUGCCCAAGUUUGACUGGAGGAACAUUUUCAACAUCACAGACGAGCUCAUACGCAUGUUCAACAAGUACGGAGAGUGCAUCAAUCUGGAUAAGUUUGUGGCUUACACGGAUGAGUCCAUGAUGACCCGUCAGGCCUUGUACCUGCUGGAGGAGAACAAGUUUUGGGCCGGUGUGGUCUUCACGGACAUGUAUCCCUGGACCACGAGCGUGCCUCCGCAUGUCAAGUACAAGAUCCGCAUGGACAUAGACGCCGUGGAGCGGACCAACAAGAUCAAGGACAGGUACUGGGACCCCGGCCCCAGAGCGGACCCCAUGGAGGACCAGAGGUACAUCUGGGGAGGCUUCGCCUACCUGCAGGACAUGAUCGAACAUGGCAUCAUCAAGCUUCACACGGGCAACGACUGGCCGCUCGGGGUCUACAUCCAGCAGAUGCCAUAUCCGUGCUAUGUAGAUGACCUCUUCAUGAUCACACUGAACCGCUGCUUCCCCCUCUUCAUGGUGCUGGCCUGGAUCUACUCCGUGUCCAUGACUGUGAAGAGCAUUGUGCUGGAGAAAGAGCUGCGCCUCAAGGAGACUCUCAAAGCCAUGGGGGUCGACAACGGGGUCAUCUGGUACACGUGUUUCAUCGACAGCUUCAUCAUGAUGACGGUGAGCACGGCGCUGCUCACCUUCAUCAUCAUGGGAGGGAAAGUGCUGAAUUACAGCAACCCCAUCCUCGUCUUCUUAUUCCUGCUGACUUUCACCGUGGCCACCAUCAUGCAGUGUUUCCUGAUGAGCGUGUUCUUCAACAAGGCCAACCUGGCAGCCGCCUGCAGCGGCAUCAUCUACUUCACCCUCUAUCUGCCGCACGUCCUCUGCUUUGCCUGGCAGGAUCGCAUCACCAAGGGCAUGAAGAUGUCUGCCAGCCUGUUGUCUCAGGUGGCCUUUGGCUUCGGGACGGAGUACCUGUCCCGGUAUGAGGAGCAGGGCUUGGGUCUGCAGUGGGACAACAUCCAGACGAGCCCGCUAGAGAAAGACACCUACUCCUUUCUCACCUCCAUCUUCAUGAUGGUGUUCGAUGCCAUCCUGUACGGCGUCCUGGCCUGGUACCUGGAUAAUGUCUUCCCAGGACAGUAUGGCAUCGGCCGACCUUUCUACUUCCCGCUGGAGCCCUCAUACUGGCAAACUCCUGCACACUCAUACACGGACACAGCUGCCCAAGAUCACGAGAUGCCUGAACCAGACAACGUGCAGAAGGACGUGGAGAGCAGCCACGAGCCGGAGAUGUACACCUGUAACGGCUCGGGCAGCAAGAAAACCUGCAAGCACCAAAGCAAGCGGGAUCGUCUGGAGAGGGAGAGGGAGCUGCUGACGCGACAACAGGAAAGUCCCAACCAGCAGGAGGAGGCUCAGGACUCGGGGGCUGAAGGUCAGUUGUUCUAUGAGGGUGACCCGCUGGGCCUGGUGCUGGGGGUGCAGAUCGAGGACCUGGUGAAGGUGUUCGACGGGAACUCUCGUCCGGCUGUCAACUGCCUCAACAUCAAUUUCUACGAGGGCCAGAUCACGUCCUUCUUGGGGCACAACGGGGCCGGAAAAACCACCACCAUGUCCAUCCUGACCGGCCUGUUCCCGCCUACGUCUGGCACGGCCUACAUUUAUGGAAGAGACAUUCGGACUGACAUGGACAUCAUCCGCUCCUCCAUGGGGAUGUGCCCUCAGUACAACAUCCUCUUCAAACAUCUCACAGUGGAGGAGCACAUCCUGUUCUACUCGCUGCUGAAGGGCCGCACUCAGGCGGAGGCGGAGAGGGAGGUUGAGGACAUGCUGGUGGACCUCGGGCUGCCACACAAGAGAGACGACGAGGCGCAGAACCUCUCAGGUGGUAUGCAGAGGAAACUGUCAGUUGCCAUGGCGUUUGUUGGUGGGUCGAAGGUCGUGAUCCUGGACGAGCCCACAUCUGGAGUGGACCCCUAUUCCAGGCGAUCCAUCUGGGACCUCCUACUGAAAUACAGAGCUGGCCGGACAGUGAUUCUGUCCACUCAUCACAUGGACGAGGCCGACCUGCUGAGCGACCGCAUCGCCAUCAUCUCCAAAGGGCAGCUGCACUGCUGCGGAUCCCCCCUCUUCCUCAAGAACUGUUUCGGGGUCGGUUUCUAUUUGACGCUCGUGCGCCGGAUGAGGGAUGUCAGGAAAAAGGAGAAUGACUGCGACUGUGCCUCCGACUGCUCCUGUUCCUGCUCCAUCUGCACCAAAUACAAAGACCAGUCUCAGAACCAGCUGCAGCACCUAGACAGAGUUCUGGAGGGGGAUAUCGACAGCAUCACUAGCCUCAUCCACCACCACGUCCCCGAAGCCAAGCUGAUCGAGACGAUCGGCCAGGAGCUGACCUACCUGCUGCCCAAUAAGGGCUUCAAACACCGAGCGUACGCCAGCCUGUUCAGGGAGCUGGAGGAGACGCUCGCUGACAUGGGCCUCAGCAGCUUCGGCAUCUCUGAUACGUCACUGGAGGAGAUAUUCAUAAAGGUCACUGCGGACGGAGAAGCAGCGAAUAAUGCCACCACUCCUGAACAGUGGAUGUUGCAGCGGAGACAAUGCGACAAAGUUGGCGAUGAAGGACAUAAUGGCGUGACGGAGACUAACGGGGUUUCCCAUGGUGCAUCAGACAGCAAUGCAGGGAAGGGCUCCCGGCAGGUGAAAGGGGCCACUCUGAUCCUGAAGCAGUUCCAUGCGCUGCUGGUGAAGAGGUUUCACCACGCCAUCAGAAGCCAGAAGGACUUCAUGGCACAGAUUGUCUUUCCUGCCAGUUUUGUCCUCAUCGCUCUGAUCUUCACCAUGAUCGUCCCUCCGUUCGGAGAGUAUCCGAGUCUGACUCUGACGCCCUGGAUGUACGGACAGCAGUUCACCUUCUUCAGUAACGAGCAGCCGUUUGACCCCAAAAUGAAACACUUCACGGAGCGCUUACUGCAAACACCAGGCCUGGGGACCCGCUGCAUGGAUGGAGAACCACUAGGAAUGCCCUGCAGUAACAGCACAUCCGAGUGGGAGUAUCCCGAUGUCUCUCCCGUGGUCAGAAACAUCUUGCUGAGUCCCGCUUGGACCCAGAGGAACCCUUCUCCUUCCUGCCAGUGCAGCACCAGUAAGAAGCUUACCAUGAUGCCCAUCUGUCCCGCUGGAGCCGGGGGCCUGCCGCCUCGCCAACGAAUCGAGGCCACAGGAGACACAAUGCUGGACCUGACGGACAGGAACAUCUCCGACUACCUGGUUAAAACCUACCCCAGCCUCAUCAGAACCAGUUUGAAGAGCAAAUACUGGGUGAACGAACAAAGAUAUGGAGGUCUGUCGGUGGGAGGACAGCUUCCCAUCCUGGACGUCAACCCCAAAGACAUCCAGGCUGUUUUCCACCAGCUGGGACGGAUGCUCAACAUCACGGCGGGUCACUACUCUCGGCUCGCGCUGCGGGAGAUCGGUUCUUUCUUACGAUACAUGGAGAGCGAAUUCAACAUAAAGGUGUGGUACAACAACAAAGGCUGGCACGCCAUGGUGGCCUUCAUGAACGUGGCCAACAACGCCAUCCUGCGGGCCCUCCUGCCUCCGUCCGCCAAGCCUGUCGAGUUCGGCAUCACCGCCAUCAACCACCCUCUGAACCUCACCAAAGAGCAGCUGUCAGAAGUCACAGUGUUGACCACUUCAGUCGACGCUGUGGUGGCGAUCUGCGUUAUUUUCGCCAUGUCCUUCAUCCCCGCCAGCUUCGUCCUCUACCUCAUCCAGGAGCGCGUGACCAAGGCCAAGCACCUGCAGUUUGUCAGCGGGGUCAGCCCUUUAGUGUACUGGGUGGCCAACUUGUUCUGGGACAUGGUUAACUACUGCCUCAGCACCGCAAUGGUGGUCGGCAUUUUCAUGGCUUUCGACAAAAAGUGUUACACGUCACCUUCCAACCUGCCGGCACUAAUAGCCCUGCUUCUGUUAUAUGGGUGGUCGGUGACGCCCAUGAUGUAUCCCAUGUCCUACGUAUUCAACAUCCCCAGCACUGCGUACGUGUCGCUGUCCUGCAUCAACCUGUUCAUAGGCAUCAACAGCAGCGCCAUCACCUUCAUCCUGGAGCUGUUUGAAAACAAUCGGUCUCUGCUGAUGUUCAAUGAGUGGCUGAAGAAAGUCCUGCUGGUGCUGCCUCACUUCUGCCUGGGGCGAGGGCUGAUAGACAUGGCCAUGAACCAGGCUGUUACUGAUGUUUACGCCAGAUUUGGUGAAGAGUACAUACAGGAUCCUUUCCGGUGGGACUUUGUGGGGAAAAACAUUGCUUUCAUGGCAGUAGAAGGCUUGGUCUACUUUAUUCUCAAUCUUCUGAUCCAGUACCGGUUCUUCUUAGACCACUGGUUAUCAGAUUACAAGCAGACUUCAAGACAGGAUGAGGACGACGAUGUGGCGGCAGAGAGGCAGAGAAUCUAUGAUGGAGGGAGCAAGACUGACAUCCUGCAGAUCAGAGACCUCGCUAAGACGUAUGUGGGCAGGAAGAGGGCAGCUGUGGACCGGAUUUGUGUCGGCGUCCCUGCAGGAGAGUGUUUUGGUCUCUUGGGAGUUAACGGAGCCGGAAAGACAACGACCUUCAAAAUGCUGACUGGUGACAGUGAUGUCAGCUCCGGGGAGGCGACCGUGGCCGGUUACAGCAUCUUGACUGAGAUUCUGGACGUGCACCAGAACAUGGGCUACUGUCCUCAGUUUGAUGCCAUCGACGAGCUCCUGACUGGCAGGGAGCAUCUGUACCUGUACGCUCGUCUCAGGGGGGUACCUGAGUCAGAGAUCCCCAGAGUGGCAGAGUGGGGCAUCCAGAAGCUGGGUCUGACAGAAUACGCCGGCCGCUGCGCAGGGACCUACAGCGGAGGCAACAAGCGCAAACUCUCCACAGCCAUUGCAAUGAUUGGUUGCCCGGCGCUGGUGCUGCUUGACGAGCCCACGACGGGGAUGGACCCCCACUCUCGACGCUUCCUGUGGAACGCCAUCAUGAGUGUCAUUCAGGACGGCAGGGCCGUGGUGCUCACUUCACACAGUAUGGAGGAGUGUGAGGCCCUCUGCACUCGGCUGGCCAUCAUGGUCAACGGGACCUUCAAGUGUCUGGGUACCAUCCAGCAUCUCAAAUACAAAUUUGGUGACGGCUAUGUGGUGACUAUGAAAAUCAAGGCAGCUAAGGCAGGCUUGUCCCCGGAUCUGGAGCCCGUUGAGAGUUUCAUGGAGAGCUCCUUCCCCGGCUGUGUUCAGAGAGAGAAGCACUACAACACGCUGCAGUACGAGAUCGCCUCCUCCUCCCUCGCUAGGAUAUUUCAGCUGGUGGUGGCCAAUAAAGAGAGGCUCAGCGUGGAAGACUACUCCGUUUCCCAGACAACACUGGACCAGGUGUUUGUCAACUUUGCCAAGCUACAGACAGGAGAGGACGAGGACGUCACGUUGCAUAGGCGGACGGCAGGUGGAAGAAAAGACAUCAAGAUCUCGCCUGUUCAGAGGAAAACAUGAACCUGCCACCUGUGAAUGCACAGAAACAGAGACUCCGCAGGGCUGUGCUGUAAACCUUUUGACAUUUCGCGAUUUAAAAGCCACUUUGAAUAUUUUACUUUAGCCAGACUGCUUUUUAGCGUAGAGUUGAGCCUGGCCAGUUACCUGCCAAAGUGAAACAGUUUGGUUUUUUUUUCAGUCACAGAUAAACUUUCCACGCCAUGUCUGACUGUCACUUAGACUUGAAAUGAUGUAAAAACAGAUGAUUAUUUAUCUAAUAAGCAGAGAAGAAAUAUAUAUUAUGCUUAGACUGUUUGGCUUGUAUACAUUUGUACAUAUUGUAUGUUUAAAGAACAUUUAAGCACCUUAGAAGCAGUGUUUUUUUUUGUUUUUUUUUUAAAUGUUUACAUUAACGCACUCACCUCAAUUUUAUGUGACAUACUGUACGUAAACAAAUGUCAUGUUGGUUGUUGUUGUUUUGUUUUGUUUUUUUUCCAAAAACACUAUCGCUUCUAUACUUUUCAUUUAUUGCUGUGCAUUCAAUUAUUUAUUUGUCUGCUGUGUUUCAUACGUCGCCAUGAUAUGUUGUUCUCCGAACAAAAUAUUCCUCUUGACGAUUUAAAUUCGAGAAGAAAAAAUGGUAAUUAGAUAAGUAUAGCUGGAAAUAAAGAGGAAUAAUAUUUUGUAUCUGCCCAAGUAUAACUUUAACAUGCUUUAUAUAUCAUGCUCCACACAUUGUUAGCUGAUUUGUACUGCAAUCAUACAAAUAAAACAGUUUCAUAAUG